UUCGUGUCAUCUGUAGAAAUGGGUAUGUGUGAGGGAUAUCAGGAAACUUCAUUUAAGUGUUCAUAAAUCGUUACUUUUAACCAUAUAUGUAUAUCUAUGGUUUACUAGGUAAUUAAAAAAAAAAGAACAGACAAUAAACGUUUGCUCUCACUGUGCUGUCUAUAUGAAGAAGUUGCCUAGGCAGCGACUUGGCUAACAGGAACAAAGUGGCUAAAAUCGAAUAAAGGAUUCUGGUCAAAGACAAUGAAAAAAGCAAAAACACGAUGUGGAAAACAGGCUGUGUCUGCAAAGGGCUUGAUGAGGAAUACAAAUAAAAUCACUUACAGAGUAGGAUACACUUGGAACAGAGGCGGACGACUCAAAGAGCUCAGGAUACGGCAUCUUGCGCGGAAGUUUCUUCACCUCUGGAUUCAGAAGACUUUUGGACAAAUCACUCCAUCACAGGCCAGGUCUCACCACAGAAAGGUGGUCCUGAGGAAGGUUCUGGGGGUCUGGAAAGAUGAGUGGUGGCAUGCCAGAAGAGAGUGGACGCUGUCUGUUAGAGCAGAUUGUCACUAUAAAUAUGUCCUGUACAGUAAAGUGUACCAAGCCUGGUGUGAAUAUUUGUCUAUUAAGAAAGAAGAGAAAAAAAAACUGCAGAUUGCAUUUGUCUAUGAGACGCGGCGUCGGAUGCGUGUCGUAUGGGAUGGCUGGGAGCUGUAUGUGGAAAUGAGACGCUUAAAGCACAGGAUGUAUGACACAGCCUUAAAACACCACAGUCAUACUGCUAUUGGGCGUUUGUGGAAUGUGUGGCAAACUGCACUACAGCAACGUAGAACAGAACAUCUGUAUGAAGAUUUGGCUCUACAGCAAUGGACUACAUCUAUACAGAGGAGAGCAUUGCUGCAAUGGAAAAGGAAAUAUGCACAGACAUGUAUCUUGAGAGAGAAAGAAGCCAGAGUAUAUCUUCAGUACUGCCUGAAAAUCCAGAAAUGUGUUCUACAAUGUUGGAUUACAUACACUCAACACAAGAAAGUUCAGAAUGAAACAAAAGCUGUGGCUAGCAGUGUAUGGCACUGCUCUGUGUUGAGGAGGUACUGGUGUGCAUGGCACAGAGCUUUGCAGAACAGACAGAAAGACAGAGAUAAUGGACAGAUUGCAGAGAAUUUUGCAAUGCAUGUUACUCAACGCCGAGCAUUCUCACAUUGGAGAGAUUAUGUGCACAUGUGCUCUGUGAAGGCCAAACAAGAGCAGACUGCCAUUCAACAUCGACACCUUCACCUGCUGCUUGUAGGGUUUAAAGGCUUUAGCCUAAAUGUCUUUCGUUGUAAAACUCAUCAGUUCAACAAGCUUAUUAGUGCAAAGCAUCAUCAACACACAAUGAUGGUGAAAUAUUGGAGGCACUGGCAGCUGCGCUUGGAGCAGGUUGAAGAAAGAAGACUUCAGCCCCGAAUGACUAUAGCAGUAAAGUAUCACAGAAUUGCACUGCUGAGGGUUUACCUUCGGAGAUGGAGGAAGCACAGUAAAGAACACAGACACAUGCAGGAUUUAGAGUUGCAGGCUGACUCUUGGUUUGCAAGCCGGAUCCUCCCAAGAUAUGUGAAAUCCUGGAAAGAGUUUACAAUACAAAGAAUAGAGCACAAGGAGAGGAGAGAAAUAGCUGAACAGUAUCAUCAACAGCAGAUGUACAGCUGGGCUUUUUAUACUUGGUGGGAACGUUGUGUUCAGCAGAGAGACCAGCGACUGGCAGAGAGAGUGGCUGUGCUGCAUGAUGAGCGAGAGUGUGUGUCCCGUGCCUGGUCUAAGUGGCAGUGCAGGAUGUUUCAGCAGAGAGAGGACAGACUCAAACAAAUAAAAGCUGCAACACUUUACAGUCACACUCUCCUGCACAAAACUCUGAAGCAGUGGAGACACAAUGUCAGCAAUAUCCUGAGAAGUCAGAGACUUUUUGAGCAGGCAGUGGUCCAUGACAGCCAGCAGCGCAUGAGGCGUGCUCUGAAUGGCUGGCAUGAGUAUGUAGAAUGCAGAAGAGAGAAGAACAGACGAUUGAUGCAAACUGAUGCACACUAUGAAAGAAAGUUACUCAAGCACAUGUUUGAGGCAUGGAAGCAUCACCAUGUACAGACCCAGCGGAUCAUUCAAAGUGUAGAACAGUGUUACCAACAACAUCAGAAACAUCUGCUCAGGAGGACGCUGUGUUUGUGGAGGAAGAAUGUAUGUCUAAUAUUGGAGGAAAGAGAGAAAGAGGCACUAGCAAAUUGUCAUUAUCAACACCGCUUACUGUCAAAGGUGAUGUUAGCCUGGCAUCAGAGAUCAGCAUUCAAAGCAUUUCAUCAUCAUGAGCAGGAGGAAGCACUGAGAGAAGCUCAGCUUCACCUGGACAAAGUUCGGAUGGAGGCAGUUCUUAGGAGGUGGAGAGAGAAGUGCAUUGAGGUGAGAGCAGAGCGGCUGUCUGUGGAGAAAGCCUGCAGAUAUCACCGCCAUAUCCUGCUCAAAAAAUGUCUCCGGGCAUGGAUCGUGCAAAAUUACCAGCACAAACACUAUCAGGUCAUGAAAAUCAGAAGCAAUGAGUUACACAGAUUAAGAAUAUGUCAGCGUGUUUUUGUCCUCUGGAAAGCACAGCUACAGAGCAGAAGAAGAGAGGCAGAGCUAACAGAGAGGGCCCUAUGGCACUGGUCCCUGAAUCUACAAGACAAGGUGCUUUGUGCCUGGAGACACUGGGUUGCUGAGUGCCAAAGAAAAGAGAGUCGUCUUGCAGCAGCAGCUCAGUUCUACAGAGAUGAGCUGUUACGAGAAGGCGUUACCCACAUCCUUACAUACACAACUCACAUGAGUGCCUUCUCUUCAAAUAUGGCUCUCCGCAACCAUGAGCUGAGUUCACGGCAGCUGCAGGCAGUGGUAAGGAGGUGCGCCUUGCGAUGGAAGAAGUCGGUAUUAUGCAAACCUUCCAGAGUCAGAGAGACUAACAAGAAUGACAAGCCCACGAAAACAAAAAAGAGUGUAUCCUUUUCCCUGCCUGAAGAGCAAAGUCACAGCUACCAACCAAUCAGGAGCCCAGCCACAGAGCAGAGGGCAGAUGAUUCCACUAUGAACAAACUGCUGCUGGUCCGAGCAUCUAGGUUGCAACCACGAAGGCCUGUUGACUUAUUAGACUCGCCAGCCAAAGAACUGCUGCAGCCUGGCAGACACAGUCACACAGUCAGUAAUCACAAUGCAACUCCAUCUAGGAGUGCUCAGCCGCAGUAUGCAUGUCAGAGUGGCAAAGGACCCACAUCACCUUUAGAAUCUGUUCCAAAGUCUAGUCUUUCCCACUCUAUUUCACUUCCAUUCAUCCAGCCACAGCCCCCUGGCUUGUCUCUCUCUGCAUCAUUGAAGCCUCCUGUUCUGAACAUAAAGUCUCCGGUCCUGGCCAUCAAGUUUGGCUCAGCAGAAACCCCUACUAUACAGAAUAGUGCUGAGAACCAGGAGCUGCUGCUUCCGCCUUCUUCAUUUACUGCAUCUAAAUCACCGGGCAUGGUGCAGCAGACAGGUUUCAGACUCAAGGAUCUCUUACUCCUCACCCCUCAGGAUUUCAUCCACCCUAAGCUGCCUGGUCAAAAAGGUGUGUGUGAAAGUGUUUUUGUGGAUGCGGAUGAUAACGACAGUGAAGAGCCACAGCUCCUGCAGACAAGCAGUGAUCCUACUGAAGCUCUAAAAAGGGAAUUACAUAUUAUCAGACUCGACCUGCAGAGAUAUCAGCAAGAUAAAACACAGAUACAGACAUGGCGCAAACUUCAAAAAGUGAUGAGAAAUUGGCUUGGGACAACAGGCAAAGAUGCAGAUACCGAAGAAAAAGAAGGCAUUAUACAAGAAAUAAAUGAGCUUGAGAUCCGUAUUUCUACUCUGUCUGAGAAAAUAAAUGAUCGAAAGCCCAUCAUGAUCUGCCAUGCUGCGAGAGUUAACAGCAUAGAAAGUCAACUGCUGAGAGCCAACAUUAAAAUAUAGAUAUAAUGCAUUCUGUUUUGCACCUCUUCUAGAGUACCACUAGAUGGAUCAGGUAAAGAUGAGGAAUUAGAAAUUUCUUGAAGCCUGCAGAAGUUUACCUUCAAAUGUAAAAGUUCCUUUAAUCUGUCAAACAUAAACAGUGAAGAAAUACAAUGAUGUAUUUUGCAAAAGUGUAGAAAUAGCAGCAUUGUGCAUUUUCAUGUUUAACAUUUGUUUAUUUAUUUAUAACAAAAACUUUUAUAGUUGUAGAUCUUUAAGUUCUGAAAAUAAAAAGUUAUUUUCA